GCUCAUUGGCUCUGCGGCCCCUGCUCAAGGCGCUUUACAGCCGUGUGGCUGGAGCCGCCCAUGUGGGGACCGCGGUUUGGUCGUGAGUGCAGGGAAUCAGAGUAGACGGUGUUGACUGAACCUGGAAUCAUGGACGUUGGCGAACUUCUGAGCUACCAGCCCAACAGGGGCACAAAACGUCCCCGGGAUGAUGAAGAGGAAGAGCUGAAGAUGCGUCGGAGACAAGCUGGUACUCGAGAGCGUGGCCGCUUUCGGGAGGAGGAAAUGACUGUGGUAGAAGAAGCAGAUGAUGACAAAAAACGGCUGCUUCAAAUCAUUGACAGAGAGGGUGAGGAGGAAGAGGAAGAGGAAGAACCAUUGGAUGAAAGCUCAGUGAAGAAGAUGAUCCUUACAUUUGAAAAAAGAUCAUAUAAAAACCAAGAGUUGCGGAUCAAGUUUCCAGACAAUCCAGAGAAGUUUAUGGAAUCUGAGCUGGACCUAAAUGACAUCAUUCAGGAGAUGCACGUGGUGGCCACCAUGCCAGACCUGUACCACCUUCUGGUAGAGCUGAAUGCUGUUCAGUCUCUCCUCGGGUUGCUUGGACAUGAUAAUACAGAUGUGUCCAUAGCUGUGGUUGAUUUGCUUCAGGAAUUAACAGACAUAGACACCCUCCAUGAGAGUGAAGAAGGAGCAGAAGUACUCAUUGACGCUCUGGUGGACGGGCAAGUGGUGGCACUGCUUGUGCAGAAUCUGGAGCGUCUGGAUGAGUCUGUGAAAGAAGAGGCAGAUGGCGUCCACAACACUCUGGCUAUUGUGGAGAACAUGGCUGAGUUCCGGCCUGAGAUGUGCACAGAGGCUGCCCAGCAGGGUCUUCUGCAGUGGCUGCUGAAGAGGCUGAAGGCAAAGAUGCCUUUUGAUGCCAACAAACUGUAUUGUAGUGAAGUGCUGGCCAUAUUGCUCCAGGACAAUGAUGAAAACAGGGAAUUGCUUGGGGAGCUGGAUGGAAUCGAUGUGCUUCUUCAGCAGUUAUCCGUGUUUAAAAGACACAAUCCUAGCACAGCCGAGGAGCAGGAGAUGAUGGAGAAUCUGUUUGAUUCACUCUGUUCCUGCCUAAUGCUCAGUUCCAAUCGUGAGCGCUUCCUGAAGGGUGAGGGUCUUCAACUGAUGAAUCUCAUGCUAAGAGAAAAGAAGAUCUCCCGGAGCAGUGCCCUGAAAGUGCUGGACCAUGCCAUGAUUGGACCCGAGGGCACAGACAAUUGCCAUAAGUUUGUUGAUAUUCUUGGCUUACGAACCAUCUUUCCCCUUUUUAUGAAAUCUCCCAGGAAGAUCAAGAAAGUGGGAACCACUGAGAAGGAGCAUGAAGAGCAUGUCUGUUCGAUCCUGGCUUCCCUCCUGCGGAACCUGAGAGGGCAGCAGCGGACCCGGCUUCUGAAUAAAUUCACUGAAAAUGACAGUGAGAAGGUUGACAGGCUGAUGGAAUUGCAUUUUAAAUAUCUGGAUGCAAUGCAGGUGGCCGACAAGAAGAUUGAAGGGGAAAAACACGACAUGGUCCGGCGUGGAGAAAUCAUAGACAAUGACAUUGAGGAUGAGUUCUACCUCCGGCGCUUGGAUGCAGGGCUUUUUGUUCUCCAGCACAUCUGCUACAUCAUGGCAGAGAUCUGCAAUGCCAACGUGCCCCAGAUUCGCCAGAGGGUUCACCAAAUCCUAAAUAUGCGUGGAAGCUCCAUCAAAAUUGUCAGGCACAUCAUCAAGGACUCCUCCAGACCCGAGCUGAGCCCAUCGGGAGAACGUCCACUGAACCAGACCAGCAACACGGGAAGUCGGGCCUCACAGCUACCUUUCCUGAGCCUGAGCCACCAUCCACCAGGUGCUGCAGUGAGUGAUGGGUGUUUAGCUAGACAACGAUCCUAUGUGCUAAGCUUGGUUUUUAUUCCCAUUUUACAGAUGAGGAAACAGAGGCUCAGAGAGGGAAAGGGCCCAAGGUCACACAGCCCAGAAGAGGCAGAGUCGGGAUCCAAACCCAGAGCCAGCUGCCUCUUGAGAGAUCAACGGGGCCUUCCCAGCCUCAUUGGGGUGGGUGUGGGGAGUGGGACGGAGCCCCUGCUUAGAGGCAGUGGGGCCUUGCAUACCACAUCUGGUUGAGGGGAAAGGAGCACGGGAGAAAAGAACAGUGAUCUUUAGAAACUACCUUUCUAGGGACCAGGGAAGCCGGAACAGCAAUUGAAUAUUGGACACUGAGACCAAGGUGGAACAGGGGCCCAAAGGACACACACUUGACCCGUGGCCAGAGGUGGCCUCCUUGAGGACACAGGCCUUCCAGCCUGCUCAGUGCUGGGGCUUCUGCUUCCUCCGGGCAUGAGUGGCCAGUGGGGCACAGGGUGGAGGAUUGUGAUGGAGUGGGGUGGCGCCCCGGAUGCAGGCCUCUUUCUCCCUAUUCAUGGGAUGUGUGGUCUCAGAAACCUCUGCCCUUCCCUGGGCCUCAGUUUCCCCACCUGUACAAUGAAGUAGGGCAAUAAGAUGACAUCCAGAGACCCUGACAGCUAUAGAUUAUCCUAGAGAGAGUGAGGACAGACAAAUCAAGAGCUAACAUUUAUUGCGCCUCUACUGUGUGCUGAAGAAGGGCUUUUCAUGCUUAUCUCACUUAAUUUUUAUGAAACCCAGUAAGAUAGGGAUCACUAUCUCCACUCUAGAGAUCGGGAAACUGAGGCUCAGAGAGGUUGAGUAGCUUUCUCAGGAUCACACAGCUGGGAUGGGGUGAGACCAACUUCAAGCCUGCCUCUGUCUGGCUUCAAACGAGGCCAGUGUUUGUUCUGCUGCACACAGCCCUGCACGUGGGUUGUGAGCGUAUGUCCCUUCGGAACUCCACCCUCAAGGGUGUUGAAACAGGUGGGGUUUGGGGGAAAGGGGUGGACGGGAGUAUGGAAAGAAAAGUGCGGUGAACGUGGGUAGAAGUUAGCGAGAAUAAGUCAGCGUGUGGCUCUGGGCAAGUUUCUUUACCCCCUCCAGUCUCCGUUUCUCCAUCGUGAAAUGGGGGUAAUCCUGGCCUCCCUCCCUGGGUGGUUUAAAUGCGAUGAUAUAUUUAAAGCCAUAGGCACAGUGCCUGUUGGUAAAAUGAAUGCUGAGAUUCUGUCUCAUCUGCUCUUGCAACAGCCCUACGGUUGGCGGGGGUGGGGGGAGGUACACAGACGAGGAACUGAGGCUCAGAGAGGUGAAGAGACCCUCCCAAGGUCACACAGGGUAGGAUUUGAAGCCAGUGGGUGACCUUUCACUACUGCACACACCGCACUAGCAAAGAGGAGAUAUUGGAUGGAUGAUCAAAAUUGGAUGGAUGGACAGAAAAAUGAAAACAUGCCCAUAGUCCUGGGAACUCUGCAGAGCCUCUGAAGCUGCCUUGUGGCUCUUAACCAGGUGUCUCCUGGGGGGGUAGGAGGGCUGCACCUCCAGGAUCAUGGGCUUCUGCUCAGCCUCCUGUGUCCCUCGCCUACUUCUGCUCCUGGAAGGCUGCCUUCCCCUGGGGGUGGGGAGGCUCUGAAAGCCACCCCCGCCGCAAGGUGCUGUGCUGCGUUCAGGAUCACAGCUGGAGGUGUUCCUGAAUUAGAGGGGAAUGUAUCCCCUCCCUGAGCUGCUGUGGCAUGAUUUACAGGCCUUGGCAAGUGGCAUGAAACUCUGGAGCAAGUUCCAGCUGUUUAAAUAUAAUUACCCGGCACCUCCAUCCGGAUUCUCCCAAUAGAUCAUUAAUAUGAGAGACCCAGGAUGCCCGAUGAUGUGUUCACUUCAGCAGGGACCCCUGGGGAAAACCCUCUCCCCCGACCCAGGCCCAGCAGCUUGGGUCAAGUUGGUCAAGACUUGUCCCUACCCCCAACCUUGCCUGAAAUUUCACCAUUAGAAUGUCAUUCCUUUGGUUUAACACUACAGCUCUGGCUUUAAAGGGCAUUUUCUUCAGGGCGGAGAACAAUGGCCCAGGUGUCUAACGAUCUAUGUUGGAAACCUUGUAUAUCUUGGUCAAGUCAUUAUCCCUCAUUUCCUUCUAUGGUAUUGAGCUGGAAGGGCUCUGCAGUGAUGAUCAAGCUAUACCCUCCCAUUUUCGAGAUGGGAAAAGUUGUAGUGCAGGGAGAGGAUGGCUACUGGGGGAGACUUAGAAUGCAGGGGAAGAGGGCCUGAUUAGGGCCUGGCGUGCCUGACUCCCAGGUCCACCUGAUGGGGGACAAAAUCCCAACAUCAUCAGGAGUGGGCCAGGCUGACCCUCUCCCCUCCAGUCAACAGAGAUUUUGGCCCCAAACCACACCCUUCUUGCGAUUAAGAGCUCAGGCCCUAGAGACAGGUCACCCGGUGGCCACAAGCUGUGUUAUCUUCAGCACACGUCUGAUCCCUCAAAGUCUCAGGCUGCUCAUCAUUACACAAGAAUGUCAGUGGUGGGACCUCACGGGGCCACUGUGGCUGCGAGGAGGACAGUGAACAUCGCACUCAGCUCAGUGCCCAGAGGGGCCAACGCAGGGAGUGUUAUUUCCUAUUUGGAGUCAGGAAGAGCCAAGCUGGACCCCGGAUCUGCACUUGCCAGCUAGAAGACCUUGGGUACCUCUCGGGACUCAGUUUCCUCAUCUGUAAAAUGGGCAUGAAAUAUCUACCUUUCAGUAUCGUGAGGAUUUAAUGAAAAAACAGGUAAGCGCUUGACGUAUGACCUGGCACAUUCUAGACCCUCAGCAAACGACGGCUGCCAGUCAUGGUAACACAGAAGUCAUAACCCUUCCCGGAGUGUGGUGUGUCCAGUUCCACACGGCCAGUAGCAGCUGAGGGCCCACUGUGUGCUUGGCCCUGCAGGAGCAAAGUGAUGAGCAAAACCAGCUCGGCCCCUCCCAGUCCCUGGGGGAGACCAGCACAAACAAGUUUCAAAAACCACAUUUGUGUGUUCAUUCAAUAGUUAGUUCUUGAACACCCACUCUGUGCCAGGAUCCAGGCUGGAGAACAAGACAGCCACUGCCCUUGUUCUCAUGGGGUUUCCAUUGUAGUGAGGGCAACAGAGAGUCAAGAAAUAAACAUGUAAUGUGGCAGAUAAUGGUCAGAGUUCAGAAAAACAGAAACGUAAGGGGCUUCAGAGGGGCAGGGACCGCAGUUUUAUAUUACAUGGUCAGGACAACAUUUGAUCAGAGGCUGGGGGUCUGAAAGGACCGUGUUCCGCGGAACACGAACAUCAAAUGCAAAGGUCCUGAGGCAGGAGUGUUCCAGGAAUAUUUGAGGAGCAGCAAGGAGGCCAGUGUGACUAGAGCAGGGGAGGCGAGGGGACAGCAAGGAAGAUAAGGGCAGAGAGGUGACGAGUGACAGGCCCAGAUCAUGGUGGGUCCUGUGAGGUGUGGUGAGCACCCGGUCUCGGCCUGAGUGACAAGAUGAGCACUGUGAAGAGAGUCACCAGCCUCGGGACCCCUCAGGUCUAGCUCUGGUGCAGAGCACAUGGCAGGCACUCCAGACACGCUUGAAAGGAAAGAAGGAAAGAAAACAAGCAAAGGCACUCAGGCGGUAGAGGGGGCUGGGGACACCUGGGCACAGACACGAAAACAUGCGGGCCUGGUCCCUGUCUUCAAACAUCUAAAAGGCACAGAGCCCUCUUCUCUGGCCCAGAGGGUCCACCGAGGGCCCACCUGUGGUUGUGACAUAAGUCCCAUGAUAUUAAUAAAGGCACCAGUGGUAACUGACACAGACACAGCAGAGAACAAAGUGCGUCCCAUGUGCGUUUCCCUCUGGUCCUAAAACAACCCAUGAAAUGGGCUCUUUUAUUCCCAUUUUACAGGUGAGGAAAUUGAGAUUCAGGAGGUUUGAGUGACUUGUCCAAAGCCACAUGUAAGUGAAUGGCCCAGCAGGAGCUUGAGCCCAGGCCUGGGGCUGCCUUUUCAAACAGAUCAUGCCCUUCAGAGGUGGAAGAAGCCUCCUCUGGAGCUCCUUGUGAUGGAGGAGGUUGCAGAAGAAGCGACCUCAGAACCUACCAGGUGCAGCUGGCUGGGGCAGGCUGUUUGGCCUUGAGGAUAUAGUGGGGAAUAAAGAUCACACUGUUUUUUCCUUAUAAGAGCUCACAGUCGAGGAGGGGAGACAGACACUAAACAGCUAGUUGUACAACUAAUUAGUGAAUUAAAAUCGUGAUACGGGUUCUGUCGUUGCUGCCACCCUGGCGCUGGUGCCCUGCUCCCUCUCCAAAGCUCAGGACGAGGCUGGCCAAACCCCUUCCACAGGCUCCCUUUGCUCGGCAGCCAGAAAUCUCAAAAAGAUGUUUGAGGGGGAAAUGAGAGGGAAAUAACGCCUGAGGAUUCAGGCUCAUGUAAGGCCACCUCGCUGAGCCUCAGCAGAAGUCUCGGGCAGCGGACCUUGGUCCCAGCCACUGUAUGACUUCAGCCCAGUCACUUCACCUCUCUGAGCCUCAGUUGUCCCAGCUAUAAGAUAGGGUGAACACCACCUGCAUUCCAGAUUCGUCGUGGGGAUUUAGUGACAUCAGUCCCAGUGCCUGGCAUAUAGUAUGUGCUCACUAGGUUCCUGUUCCCUCCCUCUGUGUGGGGUCUGUGGAGACACCCCAGCCUCCCCCUGGAGUGGUUCAGCUCUUUGUUGUCUGCUAGGGUAGUCAAGAACCACAUGUGGCUACCGAACACCGGACAUGCGGCCAGUCCGAAUUGAGAUGUGCCAUCAGUGUGAGAUACGCACCAGAUUCUGAUGACUUAUACGUAAAAGGAAUGUAAAAUAGCUCAUGAAUAAUGUUUUAUAUUGAUCAUGUGUUGAAAUGACAACAUUUGGGGGUUACAUCAAAUAUAUUAUUAAAUUAACUUCACCUAUUUCUUUUUACUUUUCUUUAUUGUGGCUACUAGAAGCUUUUUUUUUUUCUCCUUCGCUGUACGCGGGCCUCUCACUGCUGUGGCCUCUCCCGUUGCGGAGCACAGGCUCCGGACGCGCAGGCUCAGCGGCCAUAGCUCACGGGCCCAGCCGCUCCGUGGCAU